GCGAGUAUUGCUUUCGAGUACAAAAAAACCACUCGGGAGCGAGCGCCGUUGUACGAGACCCUAGCAUCUUGUGGGGGAUUCUCAACGGAAGGAAACCCGCCGCCCGCUGAUGUCGCAGCAGCUACCGGUAGUUAAAUGAAAAGAGUCCACUCAAGAGCCUUCUGUGCCUGCAGGUGCGUGCUUUGACAGCGCUUGGUAAUGGCGGCAGGCAACGGUUAACCGGGGCUGGGACGCACAACUACGCCGCCUUCACGCGAGUCGAAAUAUGACAUGAUCAAGUUGUCAAGUUACUUGUCACGAAUCAUUCUUCACCUAUCAAGCCAUUCGACUGUUUGAAACAACGCCGUUCGUAACCAGAUGAAUGGGAUCUUCUUUGGCAUUCCUUGCGUUGGGUUGAAACCAGAGUGGCUCGACGACAGGUUCGCUAAACGGUGACAGUUGUCAACACGGCAGCUGAGAAGAAGCAAAGACCACAAAAUGAGCAAUUUAAUCUUGACAUCGACCAACAGUAUCUCGCUCAGCCUUCAAGUUUAUGCAACUUGCUGUCCGUACGUACUGUCUUACUCGCUCCAUCUGUUGCUUUCUUCCGCGCCGAAGGCGGCCUGUGCUUUGUUCGGCUUGAGAUAACGGCAUCGGCUCUCCACACGGAUACGGAAACCAUACUUGCCGGUCCAUGUCUGGCGAUGGCGCUCCGGUCGACAAAUGCCUGACAAUACAACACGGCCACCAACUCAUUCGGAUCGGCUUGAAGCCAUCCGCUUCUAGUUUAUCUGCCGUUGUCAAGAUUUCUAUUCCCACGUUGUUACAGUCAUUACUGACUACACGGCGUCCUACGUCUACAGAUGAAGGUUGGAUAGGGUCUCUGGUCACGGAAUCACAUCGCAUGCGUGCUGAUGGCCUGAUAUUGCCUUCAAUGGUCUCCAAACCGUCAAAUAUAGCUCUUGUCAAUACGACUUUGUCGAGGCUGUCCUCAACAAUUUCCUUUGAUACAUCAUAUCAUGUUCGAUCAAUCGCUUACAAGGUCCUUCCGGGAAUAGCGGCUAGCUUAACCUGAUAUCAUAGCAGCGUAAUCGGACAAACACAUUACUCUUGAAGUAUACG